AUGGCCUCUACUGAGAAUGUAACCGUGCCGUUCUUCAAGAAGAAGGGACGCGGACGCCCUGCUACUACCCGCAAGCGGUCGGAGUCUCCACCGGCCAGUGCGCUCACCGCACCCGUUCCGUCCUCCUCAAAGUCCGCAGUAGUCCUCCCCUCGCGCAAGGCAGCAGGAAACCUCCUGAGCGCCGGAUCAAAACGCACCAUAUCUCAGCGGGAGCAGGAUGACCUAGAGGAUGAGGAGCACAAGCGCGACGGGCCGGACGUCAAGUGGACGGCGGACGGCUCGCACAUGGGCGCUGCGCUCGAGAUCCUGCAAGGCGACGAAGCGGCGGAGCUGCUUGCGAAGCGGCGGCGGAGCGAGCGCAAGGACGAGGACGAGGAGGAGAUGCCCGACGACGGCAUGUACCACGGGCAGAAGGGGUACCAGACGCACAUCAAGAAGGACAAGGAGAUACCGAAGGCUAUGCGGGUCGGGCCGCAGCGGUCGAACAACAGCACGAUCCGCACCGUCACGAUCGUCGACUACCAGCCCGACGUGUGCAAGGACUACAAAGAGACCGGCUAUUGCGGGUACGGAGAUACGUGCAAAUUCCUGCACGAUCGUGGCACCUAUUUGCAGGGUUGGCAGUUGGACAAACUGGCCGCGAACCCGAAGAAACAGGCCGAGGAGGAGUCGGAUACGGACUCCGACGAGGACAUCCCGUUUGCGUGUAUCCUCUGCCGCAAGUCGUACACCGAUCCGGUUGUCACCCGCUGUGGGCACUACUUCUGCUCGAAGUGCGCGAUAAAGCGGUUCGCCAAGACUCCGAAAUGCGCGGCCUGCGGGUCGCCGACGGGGGGAAUAUUCAACCGUGCCGACAAAGUCAUCGCGAAACUGAAGAAGAAAAAGGAGGAUGAGGAUGCCGACGAGCAGGAACGCGAGGAGGGUGGGAGCACAGCGGCUGGCGGAGUGCAAAUCGAGGGCCUUGCCGGGCAGAAAGACGGCGCUGGCAGCGACGAGGACGAUGAUAGCGACUAGGCUUCGCACUCCGCACCGUUCCCUGGACUGAACGGCAUGUUGUGGAACCCGUUGCGCUGUUGUACGUGAAUUGUAUGUGAUACCUCCGGCCCUGGAUUCCUGACGGGGCGAAUGUACAGUACAGGCUAUGGAGUGUCCGC